GUGGGCUUCAUUGGGAAUUCAAGACAACUUGUCUCCGUUCAGUAGCUCCUGGUCAAACAGGUUUUAAUAUCUGACGUUUCCAUGGCUCUCCUGUGCUGUGCCAUGUUGGUGCUACUGUGUGUUUUUAACAUUGCCUCAGCCACUAUUGAAGUUCACAUGGACUACGGAGGUGUUCCUCUCUGGAUUAAUCGCCUGCUAGGAGAGCCAAGUGUGAUAAGCCUGCAGGGACGGCUGGACUCAGCCUGGCUGAGAGCCAACAACCCCCAGUCCUGCCCUCAGCAGUGUGACUGCCCCCUCCAGUGGCCCACUGCGCUCUACUGCGACCACAGAGGCCUGGCAGACACCCCUGACCACCUGCCGGAGAGGACUCAAUACUUGUUUCUACAGGGUAACAACAUCUCGUCCCUGUCCUCCUCUUUUCUGGCCAACGUUACUGAUCUACGCUGGCUCAUCCUGGAUCACAACCAGCUGCAGAGCGACACACUGGGCCAGAUCGGGCUGCAGAACCAGACCGAGCUGUGUUACCUUUUUGCCAAUCACAACCACCUGAGAUCAGUGCCCAGCGCUCUACCAGCUGGACUCAAGCAGCUGCGACUGGCCCACAACCAAAUCAGCAGCAUCAGUCCUGGAGCUUUAAAGAACCUGCACAACCUGACACUGCUUCUGCUGCAGGGAAACAAACUACAAACCAUCACAGAGGGAGACUUUAAAGGUCUGGUCAGUCUGAACCUGCUGGACCUCAGUAGUAAUUUAUUCUCCGCUGUCCCCAGACAUCUAUCUCCUUCUGUCGAGCAGCUCUAUCUAUCCAAUAACACGCUCUCUGCGCUGAAUGAAGACAGUUUUGUGGGAUUUUUCAACCUUAAGUACCUUCGUCUGAGUAACUGUAGUCUGCGUAGCGGCGUCAUCCACCAGAAGGUCUUCAAUUUCUCCAGCUUGGUGGAACUGGACCUCUCUUACAACAAACUAAAAACAGUUCCCACAGUCCCCACCACCCUGAGGUACCUCUACCUGGAGGCCAAUGAAAUACAAGAGUUCAACGUGACCAGUUUCUGCAGAGAGGUGGGACCUCUUUCCUACUCCAGGAUAAAGGUCCUACGAUUGGAUGGAAACAAAAUGUCCCACCAUCAGCUGCCAUCCGACUGGGUUUUCUGCCUGCGAGUGCUUGAAAGUAUUUACAUUUGAUCCACCUUCUCAACAUGCAACCGAAUGAGUUACUGUAUGAAAUUGGCCGAAUUCAUCUAUAAAGAAAUGUGACUCGUCUUUUUGAUCAA